GUGGUUCAGGCAGUCAGCUGAUGCUAACCAGCCGGACGGUUCUCCUGCUGCAGAGACGGAUCUGACGGUCAGACAGGAUGCCUUUCUCCGAGCUGUAUUUCAACGUCGAUAACGGCUACCUGGAGGGGCUGGUCAGAGGAUUUAAAGCUGGCAUAUUGUCCCAGGCGGAUUAUUUAAACCUGGUUCAGUGUGAGACCCUGGAAGAUCUGAAGCUUCACCUGCAGAGCACAGACUAUGGCAGCUUCCUCGCAAACGAGGCGUCUCCCCUCACAGUGUCCGUUAUCGACGACAAGCUGAAGGAGAAGAUGGUGGUGGAGUUCCGCCACAUGAGGAACCAGUCGUAUGAGCCUCUCGCCAGCUUUAUGGACUUCAUCACAUACAGCUACAUGAUUGAUAACGUCAUCCUGCUGAUCACGGGGACGCUCCACCAGCGGGCCAUCUCCGAGCUGGUCCCAAAGUGUCACCCGCUGGGCAGCUUCGAGCAGAUGGAGGCGGUCAACAUCGCCCAGACUCCUGCAGAGCUCUACAACGCCAUCCUGGUGGACACGCCCCUGGCUGCUUUCUUCCAGGACUGCAUAUCUGAACAGGACUUGGAUGAGAUGAACAUUGAAAUUAUCCGUAACACACUUUACAAGGCUUACCUUGAAGCUUUCUAUAAGUUUUGCUCCAACCUCGGAGGAACCACAGCUGAUACCAUGUGCCCUAUUCUGGAGUUCGAGGCCGACAGGAGAGCCUUCAUCAUCACCAUCAACUCCUUCGGCACGGAGCUGUCCAAAGAGGACCGUGCCAAGCUCUUCCCUCACUGUGGAAAGCUUUACCCAGAAGGCCUUGCUCAGCUGGCCCGGGCAGAUGAUUACGAGCAGGUCAAGGCCGUCGCUGAUUUCUAUCCUGAGUACAAGCUGCUUUUCGAGGGAGCCGGCAGCAACCCAGGAGACAAAACUCUGGAGGACCGUUUCUUCGAGCAUGAGGUGAAGCUGAACAAACUGGCCUUCCUCAACCAGUUCCACUUCAGCGUUUUCUACGCCUACGUCAAGCUGAAGGAGCAGGAGUGCAGGAACAUCGUGUGGAUCGCUGAGUGCAUCGCCCAGCGGCACCGCGCCAAGAUCGACAACUACAUUCCCAUCUUCUAAACCCUCCUCUUCGUCCUUGCUUCCUCUUCCCUUUGUCAUUUCAUUCAGUCUUAAAGAACUUUCCAUCUCUGUGUUAAAGAUUCUGAUGGUUUGAUGCUAAAUUCCCCGCAUUCUUCACUGGUAGGCGUUAAUUAGUCUGUCCGGGACGCCCCAAGUCUUCAGUCAAACACGUUGAACGCACCAUAGACUUUAAGACCGAGUGUUAGGCUCAUGUUCAGAGGUAGCUGGUUCAGGUUUUAAUCAGCUGACGAGGUCAACUGGACAGAGUUCAUUUGACUUCCAAAUACUCACCUCUGAUUGUGUAAACUUUUUGACGCACCAACCUGACGCACCAUGAGAAGUGUUUCCAAUUUAUACUCUGACCCCACGGUGAACUGGGUCAGAAGAUUCUUGGGUGUGGUAAAGCUUGAUUAAAUUUGAUGUAAACUCCCGGCACAUUAAACACCAACCAUGCUAGGCACUUGAAACACCUACAGAUGUGCAAUAUGAUAUAUGUUCUGGAUUUAUCUCCCACACCAAAAAUCUGUGAGUUCCCCUCAAAUCUUCAGAACGAAGCGGACAUUUAAACAUUCCUCUGCUCAGCAUCGGCCUCCACCAGGUCCCCUAUAAUGGCUAUUUAUUUCUGUUUUGUGCUCCAACUGUCAGCAUGUCUGGUCAUUUCUGAAUUUCCCCCCCCUCCCAGAAAAACAACUGAGUGAAGUGUGUGAGCCCCCCCCAUCCCCCUCCCCUGAUAGCUGUCUUAACUAGGUGUUGUUAGCUCUGAACAGAAGCUUCCGGUCCUCUCGUCUCUGUUCCUGUGUGAACUCUUGACUUUCUGUAAAUGAACGUACUGAAAUGAGGAGAAUCUACCACGAGUAUGUGACAGACUUGAUGUUUAAAGUAUACAAAGAUAUAGAAAUAUUUAAAGAUGAGUAUGUGAUUUUCUUUUUUUUUUUUCAUGCUGUAAAAAUGGAUUUGUUGCCGUUUUGAUCUGUUUCUUUCUUACUUGUGAAAUGUGUAUUGUAAAUGUGACGAGACGAUUAAACAGACUGAACUGCACUCACGCAGGUCUGGAGACA